CAAGCACACCCUCCUUGCCGCUUUCUCUGGAAAGUUCUAUGCCCUUCCUCCUGCGGAAAGCCAGUGCUUUAAAUCGCCUGCGUCGGUGACGGUCUGAUAGCGGGCUGGAAGGCGCACAGUAGAUCUGAAUUCAGAUCUAUAUCCUUUCAUCGCAUCACGGCUGGGUGUCUUUGGCCGUCGCAAAAACAAACGUCCCUGCCUCUGGUCGCGUUUGAAAUAAGUGGCCUGCUCCAAAUUGAUAUUUCGUUGCCGACUAGACUUCAGCUUACAGUGCGGCCGGCCCAUUCGUUCAGUCGUAUUUAACCAAGGAGCUAGAAUCUAAUUUUUUUAAAUUACUUGUUGUAAAGCUCGGUCAUUUCUGCUAUCGGCCAGGCGCUCUGAGCACUGCUACAUCCCAUAGCUGCGGACCGCCAGAACAGUCUAGAAAUUCAAGGUAGCUGGACGGUUGCAAGACCGAUAUGACUGCCGAAGAAGAAAUGAGCAACACCGAGGGACAUGCGAUCCAAAUGGAAGGAGUCGACAUCACAGCCAAGCAAGAUGGAGGGGUCUUGAAGCUGGUGAAAAAGGAAGGAGCAUGCACUGAGCAGCCUAUGACUGGAGAUAAAGUCUUUGUGCACUAUGUUGGCACCUUGCUGGAUGGCACAAAGUUUGACUCCAGUCGUGACCGGGGGGACAAGUUCUCAUUUGAGCUUGGGAAAGGUCAAGUUAUUAAAGCAUGGGAUCUGGGAGUAGGCACCAUGAAGGUGGGAGAAGUUUCCCAGUUUAUCUGUAAGCCUGAGUAUGCCUACGGUUCAGCUGGCAGCCCUCCAAAGAUCCCACCCAAUGCCACCUUGGUUUUUGAGGUGGAGCUGUUUGAGUUCCGCGGGGAGGACAUCACUGAUGAUGAGGAUGGUGGCAUUAUCCGGCGCACCAUAACAAAGGGGGAAGGUUACUCCAAGCCCAAUGAGGGGGCUACUGUGGAAGUGGCUGUGGAGGGCAUCUUCGAGGAGCGAGUGUUUGACCAGAGGGAUCUGAAGUUUGAGAUUGGGGACUGCGAGAGCCUGGACCUUCCUGCCGGUGUGGAGAAGGCCAUCACAGCCAUGGAGCAGGGAGAGGAGUCUACCUUCACAAUCACAGCAAAGUAUGGAUACGGAAGUGCUGGAAGCACCAAGUUCAACAUCCCACCUGGUGCUACCUUGAAGUACAAAAUAAAACUGAAAGCCUUUGAGAAGGCUAAGGAAUCAUGGGAAAUGAAUACAUCAGAGAAACUGGAACAGGGUGCCAUUGUUAAGGAGAAAGGAACUCAGUAUUUUAAGGAAGGGAAGUUCAAGCAGGCUACCGGUCAGUAUAAGAAGAUUGUGUCCUGGCUGGAACACGAGUCGGGCCUGUCAGAGGGGGACGAGCAGAAGGCCCGAACGCUGAGGCUGGCAGCCCACCUGAACCUGGCCAUGUGCUACCUGAAGCUCCAGGAGGAGAGCCAGGCUCUGGAAAACUGCAACAAGGCUCUGGAGCUAGACCAGAGUAAUGAGAAGGCCCUCUUCCGGCGAGGUGAGGCCCUCUGCGCCAUGAAGGAGUUUGAGCAGGCCCGGGACGACUUCCAGAAAGUGCUGCAGCUGUACCCCAACAACAAAGCUGCCAAGACCCAGGUGGCAAUCUGCCAGCGGCAGUUGAAAGAGCAGCAUGAGAAGGACAAGCGCCUCUAUGCCAAUAUGUUCCAGAAAUUUGCUGAGAGAGAUGCCAAGAAAGAAGCAGAGAAAGUGAAGGAGCACAAGGAACAGCGACAGGAGAAUGGCGAGGGGAUGGACAUUGAGGAAAACGGAGCUCAGGAGCAAACGGCAGCUUAAUUUCCCCCCCUUCCUCACUUGUUUUGUUUUCACUUUUUUGACUUGACUUUUUUUGUAACUUAUCAAAUGGUGUGCAGAUUUUUUUUGUAAGCGUGACGGCAUGGGGGGGUGGGGGGGGGGAGGUUACUGUUUCAGGCCUCAGCCCAUAAGGAAUGGAAAUUCAGGUCUUUGCUGGAGAGCUACUCGUCAACGUAAACAAUUUACUGUAUGGCCUCCCCUUGUUUGUCUGUGUUGGCUUUGCUGGGUAUUAAAUUCUUUCAUGCAAAUGCCAUUGGCUGUAGAAUAGAAGCUCUGGAACUAUAGCAGCCAGCUUAUCUGCUGUAACCUACUUCAGUCGUGUCUGAAUGCCUGAAUGGGUGGAGGACAUUUUAAAUGAAGAUCUUUCACAGUCGGUUAAGAGGUGUUCUGAACGCUUGCAUUCAUGGUCAGAAAUCAUUGCUCCUCUCACGUUCUUUAUGGAAAGGGAUGGCAUCAAGAGCUUGUGUGGCCUGCUGACCUUACUUUCUCUUUGGUUAGUGUUCUGUUCUGUGUACAAUGCAUCCUGCUCCAACUCCCCAAGGGCUAUUCCAUUGUUUCCCAUAUAGGUUAUAAAGACCCACGAUCUCCUACCCGUUAGUCAGACAUGACCCAGGUUCAUGGACCGGAAGCCAGAUAACUGAGGUGUCUUGCAGUAUGAUAAUGGUUCAGAGCAUCUACUGUUCGUCUGUUUGUUUGGUUAUUGGGAAGCUACCGACAAUAUACUGUUAAUGACAUUUACAAUAUUGCGCUGAUUGGUUUGUAUUCAUUGUGAGACCUUAAGCAAAUAAACUGUAUAUCCUAGGAGCCGUGUUUGGGGUGUAAAGAUUUAAUUUUAUUGUGUGUAAUUUCUGUGUUAUUGUGCAAGUUUAUGUUCAUUUUAAGAUGAAUAUUUAAACUGGAAGACACCAUACAACUCACAAAAAACCCAAUGUUAGGCUGUUUAUUAGCAUCUGUCGGAAGAAAUAGUCUGGGCGGCAGUAGUAUGUGUUCUGUUCAGAAUGGGUGUUGGGUCAGCUAUGAAUGAGCAGUUGCUGGACUUGGAAGAAUGCUAUUCUGAUCUACACUCUGGCUGGCUUCCCCUCCAGCUACUACUUAUGAAAGUCUCAUUGUAAUAUGACUGAAUUCCUUGCAGCUCCAGUGAUGGCAAUAAAUCACAAUCUCAACUUUA